UCCGAUUGACGACUGAGUGAUGAAUAAACUAUCUCCCCUCUUCCCAUCAUCAUCAUAAUCAUCAUCAUCAGUCCUGUAGUUCAGCUUGUGACUCAGCUACGACCUCGAUUUGCACGAUGCCAGACACGUAUCUCAUCUUCUAGAAUUACGGAUUUCCAAUCUCCCAUUACACUCGACCGUCUUUCUCACCACGAUCUGUCGCAACCAUGGCUUCUGUCCCCGGAUAUCCCGCCACUACUGGCAGAGGCCGAUCAUCGGAUGCCACAUCAAUUCGAGACGAGACUACCGCAAGCACAGACAGAAGCAGUUUUACAAGCGCCUCACCGGCAGAAUCCAUGGAGGGCAACGAGGCAGUUCUACUCAACAAACCACUCGCAUCCAGCGAGGAUGCGUCAACUGCCGCUUCUGACACCGCCACCACCAGCAAAUCUCCUGUCCCGAGCUCGACCGCUGCUGAAUCCGUGAACGAAGAACCGCGCAAGUGCUGGAUCUGUUACACCGACGAGACGGAAGAUUCCCCCUUGAACUCCGAAUGGCGCUCGCCUUGUCCCUGCGCCUUGACCGCUCAUGAGGCUUGCCUCUUGGACUGGCUCGCUGAUCUCGAAAAUCCUCGGUCCCGCAAACGAAACGGUCACGGAGCCAAGAUGGUGUGUCCGCAGUGUAAAUCCGAAAUUGUGGUCUCUCGUCCGCGAAGCUAUAUCGUUGACGUCGUCCGGAUGUUCGAGCGGCUUGCUGGACGGCUGGUCCUACCCGGUAUGGUGUUUACUCUGGCGGGUACCGUUUGGGCGGGAUGCUGCGCACACGGCGUUUAUUCGAUGUAUUUCGUUUUUGGGACCGAGGAAGCGAGACAAAUUUUGGAAGAGACGGCGGAUGGAACUUGGAACUCAGGUUUGAAUCUAGGGUUACCACUGAUUCCGCUCGUGCUCAUCUUCUCACGGACUCGCUAUGCCGAGGGUCUUCUACCUGCCAUCCCGGUCCUGUUCUUCGCGACGCAUAACCCGGGCCAAGAGCUCGACCUUGACCUGUGGCCGCCUAGUGCUGCUAUGACGUUUGCUGCGCUUCCCUAUUUUAAGAGCUUCUACAGCGCGGUGUAUCAAAGAUUAUUCGGCAAGCUGGAAAGGAAGUGGGUUGCCGAGGUGCAACCGCGCCAAGCAGAUAUCAACGAGUUUGAUGAUAAUGCGCCACCUGAGCAUCCGGAGGGAAGAAACGAUGCCGAGAAUGGCCAGAUAUUGAUGGAAAUUGAUCUGGAGUUCCAAGUUGGAAUGGGUAAUGAUGUACGUCAGGGUAUUCUGGGUCUCCAUGCCGGAGAAAACGCUCAGAACAACGGGCAAAACCAAGAUGGCGGCCAAAAUGAAAACAAUCUGGGACUAGGACGGCGAGACGACCUCAUACAUGAGACAAGCAACCUUGCCGAUAUCAUUCUUGGGGCUCUCGCAUUUCCAGCGAUUUCGGCAUCCAUGGGAGAUCUGCUCAAGUAUAUUCUCCCCACGUCGUGGACAAGCGCACCGUCAGCCUUGGAGCGCGGCCGACCCGGUCUGCUACAGACGCGGUGGGGGCGAAGUGUCAUCGGAGGGUGCGUGUUUGUGCUGCUGAAGGAUGCAUUGGUACUUUACUGCCGCUGGAAGCUUGCACAGACACACAGGAAACGAAAGGUGCUGAACUACGACCGGAAGAAGAAGAAAGUCGUUGGCCACUGAGUGGCUUUGUCGAAUUUUUUCAAAACAUUGGCACUUUCGCUUUCUGCUCUCUCUACUCUUAUGACUACGGAUAUGAUGACGAUGCAUUUCACUGGCGUUGGUGGGGGAUUACCCUGGAGGAUUUAUCUAGUCUACUUCUCUACACUCGGAUCUUCAACGGAUGCCAAGGUUUUUCUAAGAUUUACGAGUUUUAGAUUCCCACAUGGUAGGCACCUCAAUGGCAUUUAUUGCAGGCGAUAUCACGAACAGUGUGAAUUAUACAAUCAAUUCAAAAUAAUGGC